GCAUUGGAUAUGAUUGAUUUUGAUUAGUUUUGAAGUCAAUUACAUGUGAAUAAUUGUGUUAUUUGUGUGAAUUCCUGCUUAUUCCUGCUACGCAUGUGUCAAAAUCAGCUGUGCUUGCCUGUCACAACACUCACACGCGCAUUUUUCUGAAGAAGUGCUUGUGCCACAAGAUGCGCGACGAGGAAGAUGACGAUGAGGACGAUGUUGGCGACUCCAACGAUAAUGGAAACACGUCUAGUAGUGAAAAUGAGGAACACACGACCAGGCAGAGACUACUUUGUGAAUUUGAUAAGAAUAUUCCUACAACACAUGAGUAUCUCGGAAAACUGGACAAUAUAAGCGGUUACACCCUCUACGAAAACGGACAGAUAAUCGAAUUACCUGCAGUUUACACCAACACCUUAGUAUUUCCUGGAUUUACUCUCCCUCUGGUUUUAUCUUAUUCAGACAACAGUUUUGAGAUCGGAUGUAAUUUCAUCCUCAUCUGGCUGAUUAAAGAUAAGAAAAUGUUCUUUGAAUACGGCGUGGUGAUGGAAAUCUUCGAACGCAGCACACAGCGUGGUCAGAUGAACAUCAAAGCACGCGGUCGACAGCGUUGUUUCGUUCUGCCACAAGAAAUGCUCAUGAAUCCGCAUCGGCAGAUUUUUAAAGUCAAAGUACGUAUCUUAGAGGAGGCGGCCAUUACGAGUCCGGUGAGUUGCACGCAGUUGGCAACACUGCGACAGCGUCAUCCAUACAAAGGAGAUUAUAACAACAUGGCUGCAUUUGACAGGUAUAGAAAAAUGCAUCUGGGACAGUUUGUAUUUCCGUAUUGGGUGUAUGAUUUAUACGAGGUGGACUACUACGUUGAUAGAAUCGUGAAAAUCCUGAGUAAAUAUUACGCUGAAGAUAAUAUACCGAAAGAUCCAGCACUACUCUCAUUUUGGUUCGGCCAAAACUUUCAACUGAUGAACAGCGAACGUCUUACAAUCCUCCAGAGUAAUACAACACUUGAAAGAUUACAACACGCACUGAAAUACCUAAAUAUCGAGCGUAAUCUUUGCUGCGCACAUUGUGAUUCGCUAAUAUCACAUCAAAAGCACGUGUUUGCCAUGUCCAAAGACGGUCUGCAAAGCAACUACGUGAAUCCAGGUGGCGUUGUCUACGAAACAGUAACUGUCAAAAAGAUACAGAAUUACAGUCUGGAUGGAAACGCGUGUAAAGAAUUCAGCUGGUUUCCAGGGUAUGCUUGGACGAUAAUAAAGUGUCACGAAUGCGGCGGCCAUCUUGGCUGGAUGUUCACAGCGAAGAAUCUGCAGCCGAAUAAAUUCUACGGUCUCGCACGAAGUUGUCUGAGUAUCCGCACGAAUGAAUCCGGCGAUGAGCAGGAGAAUGAUGAUGCGCCAUUGAUACGUCCACCACCGAUGGCGCUGUUAGCAAAUUUUUUCUCGCUGAAUUAAAAUUAUAUCAAGAUACUUG